AUGAUUGAUGCAGCUAUAAUCAGUGGUUUGCUUUCAAAGUCGUUGGUACCUCUAAUUAAGGAUGAAUUCUCGUUGUUUUGGAAUUUUAAGAAGGAGGUUCAAAAGCUAUCGAGCACCCUAUCUUCAAUUAGAUCCGUACUUGAGGAUGCAGAGAGAAAGAAUGUGCAGGAGAAGGACAAACAAUCGGAAGAUUGGUUGCGGAAACUCAAAGAUGUGGCGUACGAGGUUCGAGACAUCAUGGAUGAGUGCAGCUUUGAAGAUCUUCGUCUUCAAGUCAAAAGGCGUAAUGCCUCCUCCUCUUCAAGCCGGAUCCAGGUAACAAACUGUAUCGCCCUUCCUAUUAGCAAUACUUGGACGCGUAGAAGAGUUGGUCAAAAAAUUAAAGAGGUUCAAGAGAAACUAGACCAAAUUUCUUUGGAGCGCAAAAAUUUACAUUUGAGUGAAUCUAUUCAUGACUCAAAAAUAGACAAGUUUACUAGUAAUUGGCGUGAAACCAUGUCUCUUUCUAGUUGUAAUCAAGUAUAUGGGAGAGAUAAGGAGAAGAAACAGAUUGUUGAUAUUCUAGUCAAUAAUACAUCUAGUGCUUGUGUUGAUAAAAAACUAUCUGUUCUACCCAUUGUUGGAAUUGGGGGUCUUGGUAAAACAACACUUGCCCAAAUGGUCUUCAACGACGAGGAGAUUGCUAAGUAUUUUGAAACCAAAAUAUGGGUUUGUGUUUCUGAUGAAUUUGAUAUUAAAUUGGUGAUGAAAGCCAUAUUAGAAGAAACGGUUGAAGCACGCUCAGAAGAAUUGCAGAAAAAAGUUAGAGAAAAAUUGAGCGGGAAAAGAUAUUUUGAUUGUAUUGGAUGA